AUGGGUAUCAUCACUACUUUCGCUAAACGCUACACUUCACCGAUCCCUCCUUCAAGAAUGUUCAAAGCCCUAAUCUUGGAUUCGAGCAACUUGAUCCCAAAGCUCUUGCCAGAUUUCAUCGCUAGCAUCGAUGUGAUUCGUGAUCACGACGAGGAUCCUCCGAGGACCAUUGAACAAGUCAAUUUCACUUUGGGUGCUAACAUGAAAUGUGUGAGGAAUCGGAUAGACGAGCUCGAUGAAGCGAACCUCUUGUGCAAGUACACGAUGAUCGAGGGAGAACCUCUAGGUGAAAAAAUCGAAUCCAUUUCUUAUGAGGUCAAGUUUGAGGCCGAUGAAGAAGGAUGUGCUUGUGUGGUGACUAGUCAUUAUAAUGCUGUGGGGGAGUAUGGUAUUGAAGAAGGAGAAAUUGAGGAAGGGAGGGAGAAAGCCAUGGGGAUCUUUAGGGUUGUGGAAUCCUACCUCUUGGAGAACCCACAUCUCUAUAACUAA